GACCUUCGAUCUUAUUUUUCAUUCAAUUCGAUUCAACUGAGAUGAGUGGAAAGGGGGAAGGAAACUCGGAGGGGACUGUGGGAUCGUCUUCGUCUGCGGCGGCAUCGGAGAAGCAGAGGGAGAAAGCUCGGGUGAGCAGAACGUCCCUAAUCCUCUGGCACGCUCACCAGAACGACACUGCUGCUGUUCGAAAACUUCUCGAGGAAGACCGUUCUCUCGUUCACGCGAGGGAUUACGAUAGUAGGACUCCCUUACAUGUCGCUUCUCUUCAUGGUUGGAUCGACGUCGCCAAAUGCCUCAUCGAGUAUGGUGCCGAUGUCAAUGCCCAGGAUCGUUGGAAGAACACGCCCCUAGCAGAUGCAGAGGGAGCUAAAAAACAUAGCAUGAUCGAGCUGCUGAAAGCGUAUGGUGGCUUGUCUUAUGGUCAAACUGGCAGCCAUUUUGAACAAAAGCCUGUUCCACCCCCUCUCCCAAACAAGUGUGACUGGGAAAUUGACCCUUCUGAGCUGGACUUCGCCAAUGCAAGUAUUAUUGGAAAGGGGUCUUUUGGUGAGAUUGUGAAGGCCUCUUGGCGUGGAACACCUGUAGCUGUGAAACGCAUUCUUCCUUCUCUUUCAGACGAUAGAUUGGUGAUCCAGGAUUUCAGGCACGAGGUGAAUUUGCUAGUGAAGCUGCGCCACCCCAAUAUUGUCCAAUUCCUUGGAGCAGUCACUGAUAAGAAGCCGCUGAUGUUGAUCACUGAGUAUCUACGAGGGGGUGAUCUUCACCAGUACCUCAAGGAAAAGGGAUCACUAAGUCCAUCUACAGCUGUUAACUUUGGUUUAGAUAUAGCCAGGGGUAUGGCUUAUCUCCAUAAUGAACCAAAUGUCAUAAUUCACCGAGACCUAAAGCCAAGGAAUGUUCUUUUGGUCAACACCAGUGCAGACCACUUGAAGGUUGGAGACUUUGGAUUAAGUAAGCUCAUCAAGGUUCAGAAUUCUCAUGAUGUCUACAAAAUGACAGGAGAGACUGGCAGCUAUCGUUAUAUGGCUCCGGAAGUCUUCAAGCACCGCAGAUAUGAUAAGAAGGUUGAUGUUUUCUCCUUUGCGAUGAUACUGUAUGAGAUGCUUGAAGGAGACCCACCUUUGUCAAACUAUGAACCUUAUGAAGCAGCAAAAUAUGUGGCAGAAGGACACAGACCCAUUUUUCGUGCAAAAGGCUACACUCCUGAACUGAAAGAGUUGAUAGACCAGUGCUGGGCUGCUGACAUGAACCAGAGACCUUCUUUCUUGGACAUCCUCAAGAGACUUGAAAAGGUUAAAGAUAGUCUAUCUGUGGAUCAUCACUGGAGCAUCUUUAAUCCAUGACUGCCGUGUAAUGAGAUGGGUUGGACCUUGUUAAUUUUCUCCAAGGUUCGAUCAUUUCCACUUCUGCUGCUUUUUUUAGUUGUACAGAUUGAGAUGUAUGAUACCCAAUUGGAUGACUUAAAAAAGUAUGGCUUAUUUGA